UCUUUUUUAGCAUAGAAAACAACAAACAGAAGAGUUAAAAACAUUAAAAAAAACAAAAAAAAAGAAAAAUAAAAGAAGAAGCUUGAGAGAUCUCCCCUCUUAUUACUCUCUCUGUGCCUACCGAAAACAAGAAGAUAGAGAAGAAAGAGAGAGAGAGGGAGAUGGGAUCAUCAGCUGGAGAUGGGUACGGUGGAGCUGAGGAACACUAUAUGUAUCAUGUACCCCAGCAGAGCCGGAGAGAGAAGCUCCGGUUCCAUCACGACGACCCUAACCCUAGCCCCAGCCCUUUCUUCCCUUCGUCCUCCUCCUCCUCCCAGAACCCUAACCCUAGCUACAGCACUUACAGCAUCUGCGCGCCAAAUUCUGUGUACAACCAGAUCUCGAGCCAGACAGCAGCAGUCUGGCUGUCGCUGUCGACGGUUCCGCCGCGUCAGCAGCUGACGGAGGGGAACAACCCGACUCCGUUUGGGCCGUUCACGGGCUACGCCGAGAUCUUGAACCGGUCGAGGUUUCUAGAACCCGCCCGGACGCUUCUCGAGGAAAUCUGCAACGUCGGUGGUGUCGUCGAUCGGUCGGUGAUCGGACGCGCGGACGGGAUGACAGCUGGCAUUGAGGCGGCGGGCAGGGGCCGGGGCGGGGAGCAGCAGCAGUGGAAGAAGACCAAGCUCAUCUCUAUGCUUGAUGAGGUAUACCGGAGGUACAAACUUUACCACCAGCAGGUACAAGCAGUGAUCGCAUCCUUCGAGUCCGUACCGGGCCUUAGUAGUGCCGCUCCAUAUGCUUCCAUGGCACUCAAAGUCAUGUCGAAGCAUUUCAGAUGCCUGAAGAAUGCAAUUUCUGACCAUCUGCAUCACAUAAACAAGGCUAUCGGAAAAGAGGGCUUCAGUGAAGAAGAAAAUUCUGGCUUUGGACUUAUCAACAGGCAGACAAACAACUAUGGUACUAUAAGACAACCUCAUGUUUGGAGGCCUCAGAGGGGACUUCCUGAAAGGGCAGUGGCUGUGCUUCGAGCAUGGCUCUUUGAGCAUUUCUUGCACCCAUACCCUACUGACACUGACAAGCAAAUGUUGGCUAAACAAACUGGCCUAACAAGAAACCAGGUGUCAAAUUGGUUUAUUAAUGCCAGAGUACGACUCUGGAAGCCAAUGGUUGAAGAAAUACACUCUCUUGAGAUGCGACAACAAAAUAAAGCUGGAGCUAGCGAUGCAAACCAUAACACCGACAAGCAACCUCAACUCCCAUCAUCUUCAACCGCAACCUCAUCCAACGAUACUUCCUUCUUUCACAAUCAAAAUCAAUCCUCUAAACGACCUCACGAUGAGCUUUCUCAAGUGUCUCACCACAUUCAAGAGCCUAAUUACAACUUUGUUUUUGAUGGUUUCCAUGGCCAUCAUAAUAUUGAAGUCGGAGGAGGUGUUGGAGUCAAAGAAAACGGUGAUGUCUCCCUCACUCUUGGACUCCACCAAAAUAACGGCAUUUGCUUGGCGGACCCAAUUCCAUUGAACGUUGUUCAUGGUUUUGGGCUUGGACUUGAGGAGUGCAAUGACCCUUAUGUGAUUGGUUCUUUCGGAGGGCAGGAUCGUCAAUUUGGGAAGGACAUUGGCGGGCGUUUGCUUCAUGAUUUUGUUGGAUGAAGAAUUACAAUAGCUUAGCAAAUUGUGGAUGUGUUCACAGUAUCAUGAUGGUGCAUCAUCGGGAGAUAGCACUAUUGAAGGCAUAAGAGCACCGUUUGCCUCCCUUUGAACUGGGAGUCACAGGUACGCACGCUGCUAGCAGAUCUAUAUAUGGAAUUAGUUCAUUGUAAUGAAUGGCACCAGUUGCAUUUUCUGUAUAUUUUGAUGUUGAGAAUGAUACAAUAUAUAUAUAUAUAUAUAUAUAUAUGCAUACAUGUUGAUCCUUUUAUAUGAUGAAUUAAUUAAAUCCCUUAUAUGA